CUGUGACGAUGGCGAUGUAUAUGUGUGCGCGCCCAUGCGGUAAGUCAGAUAGCGAGUCUCAUUGUCGAUAUGCCUGAGCCCUAACUCGCCGCGAUAUCUAUUACUUAUAACCUUAUAAGGAAGUUAAAGUGAAUAUGUUAUCAUUAUUACGGAAGUAUUUAUAAAAAAUAGUGGUACUAAAUAAUAUACAAACUUUCAAUUACCAAUUUUAAAGGAUUUUGAAUAUUCAUUUAUAGACAACUAUGGUCAUUGAUCAUGAAUACAUAAACAGUACGCUCUUUAUAAGAAGAGAUAAGUAAAAUCAAUAAUUAGAAUGGCUAAAGUACAAUUUCAAUUUCUGAAAAUCAAUUUGAUCGGUACUAUGGUCACUCCACGCAAGCAUUAUUGAUAUGUUAUCCUGAUUGCAAUAAAAGAUACUGGAGUUUAAUAAUGUAACUGAAUGUUAGUUUUAAACCAAUUCAUUUCGUAUUGUGCGAUUAUGUUGUGUUGUGUAAAAUCAAAGGUUCGUUCAUCUUCCAAUGUUUUUCUGGAUGAAGUAGAUUUAGAGGAUGUUCAGCUGGGAGAUCUUAUAGAAAUCAAACGUUACUAUGGAAUUUAUGCUCACUGGGCGCUUUAUAUUGGUAAAGGCGAAGUGAUUCAUCUGUCUCCACCAGUCAGCAGCGGACGAACGUUUGACUUAAAUGACAUCUUUUGGCUUGGAGGCGUAAUAACUGAUAAAUAUGAAUUUAGUACGGACGUAAGAGUGAGGAAAGACAAGCUUGAAGAAAUAAUUGGAAAUGGUGCCGUGACCGUCAAUAAUGAAUUUGACCCUCCCCGCAAAGAAUCUAUUAAACCAUUUCCGAAAGAUGAAAUUGUAAAACGAGCAUACAGCAAGAUGGGAGAUGAUAAGUACAAUCUUCUAAGCUACAACUGCGAACAUUUUGUCACUGAAUAUAGAUAUUGUGUUGCCUUUAGCAAACAGGUCUGGGAUGACGAUGUGCCAAAAGUCGAGGAGAGAGCUUGUGUUGUUGCAAUUCCAGGACAUGAACCUAUUCCGCCUGAAAGUCUGCCUAAACACGUGACCUGCGUGAAGAGGACGAGAUGAACAUGACAAAAAUAUGUUUACAUAUUCUGUACAUCCUGGUAUAUAAAUGACAGAAAGAAAUAGCGACAGAACAUCACCUAAUACGAGUAGUAUGCAAAAUAAUCAAUAAUAAAAAUGUAAUGUCAACUGGUUGAUGAAUUAAGGCUACUGCUCGCUAUUACAUGUAUGAAAUGCUGUUGAAACGACAGUUAAACAUUCUAUGUAAUAAUUAUUUUAUUAUUUCUUUUUUCUUAGGUAGAAUGGUCGAUAAACUUCACAGAAUAUUAUAUGGAUAUAUUUGUAUUCGUGUACAUAUGUUUCUGACCGAUGUAUAUCAUGAAAUUGAAUAUUUCAUUACAAAGAAUUUCAUUGUAUCAUAUCCAUACACCUUUAUUAUCAUUAACAGAAUAAUAAUACUGUAAUAUAAUAACAAGCAAUUUUUUCAUUUAAUUUAUCCCCGCCGCCGAAUAGGUUGUUUUGUGAAUGAGGGAAUUAAAUUAGGAAAGAUAUUUAAUUUCCAGAUAUACACAAUUGAUGUACAAAAGGAUAGUGCAACGG